GUCCAUGCGAGUGGACCUUCUGGACGACCUGCCUCAGCUCGAUUCACAAGUACUGCCAGGGCACUAUCUAUCCGAAAUUUCGUCAGUAACCGGGAAUCUGUGGGAGCCCUUGAGGUUCAGGAGGAGACGGCGGAGUGGAGUCAGAUCUCAAACUUUGUCCCCCUAUCUCAGUCCUUGACCUGCAUCUAUCAUGGCGGGCAUCCAGAUGUACCUCAAGCCUCGAUCAGUCUCCGCUGUGUACAACCACUCCAACUAUCUGCCAUUCGGGUGCCUAUAUGAUUGCGAGUACGGUCCAUUCUUUGCGGACUAUGGAACGGUACCCUCCGAUGCUACAGAAGUUUAUACUAUACAUUCGUCUGCUAUCCGUGCUUUGCUCUCUACACUCUUCAACGAACUCAUACCCAGUCUUGAUGCCCAAAUUCCCGACCCCACUCAAUUUCCUCGUUCUGCAUGGCCCACUCUCCUUCAGAUUGCGAUGGCCAAGGUCGACUCGUGGUUUGAUUUCCGGAUCGAGUGUGAAAACAACUUGGUUCAACUCACCCAAGGCGAUCACGCCCCAGCCCCUCCGCCUCGAAAAAUGCGUGGGUCGGUGUUUUCUCCCGAGUGGUACAAUAUAGUGUACUCUAUACUAUUAUGGGAUGAUGUCGAGUUGCGUGGCGAUGAGUCCCAGGACACUGUUUUGGAAUUGUAUACCUUGGUGUACAUGUAUCGUGCUGCAUGUCAGCGGGCUCGCAUUUGGAGACUUUUGCGCCAGAAGAUGGACAUACUGCUAACUGCUUCUGCUUCCGCUCCUUCAGCCUCUAGCCAUAGUCAGGGUCACAGUUACAUUUUUUCCCCGUUACCCUUUCUUCAAUCAGUCGGAUAUUCUGGCUUGUUCAACUUUAUCAGGAGCAAGGUAUUGGCCCUUGUGCCCACAUUCACCACUCAGACAACAUGCGAACAUAAAGGCCUUCCGCCCCUUCCCCCAUCCUCUAGCAAUGGGUUAUCAACUACGGAUUCGACGUCGUCUUUGCACGCCGACAAUGUUCCUCCGGUACUUCUUCAUCAGUUCUCUGGGUCAUCAGCUACAGAUUCUAUGUCUUCUUCGUAUGCUAGCCAUUUCGAUAACACGCAACGUCUGUUCCGGGUGCGUUUUGUCAUUCCAUAUCCACCAGUUUUAUUGACCUCUAUCUAGCGCAGGAACCAUAUUUGAAUUACAAGUCUAUAUCGUGGCCUUCGACUCCUUGACCUGUAACCCGGUGCAUAACUGGUACUCCUUCAGCGUAUUCAAUCUCAUAUGUAGUAGCUACCAUCGUAUUAUUUCUGCCGUUAGACUUGGCAAAACAUCUACUUUUUUUCAAGUCCGAAAUAUGUCAUAGCACAUGUCAGUGGGAUAUUCUUAGCUCAA